UCAUCCCCAUAUUCCUUAUAGCAGUGGAGAGAGGGGCACUCACUCACACCCACAAUAGUCGGGGACAGCUUCAAAGUGCAAGGUUGCAAGCACCUCCACCUUCUUACUGUUGUUCUCUUCUCCUCAUUCAUAUUUUCCAUUUUUAUUUUUCUAAUAAAACAAAACAACAUAAGCACCGUUCUUUUCUCUCUGAAAUUCCCAUAUUCAUCACUUCUGAGCUCUGGACGAGAUCCCUCUCUCUCCCAUUCCAGAUCUCGCCAUCAGAUUCACCCUUUCAUUUUAAGCAAAGUCAUAACUUGAAGAAGGUUCAUGGCUGCUCCACCGGCAAGGGCUCGUGCCGAUUACGAUUAUCUCAUAAAGCUUCUCUUGAUCGGUGACAGCGGUGUUGGAAAAAGUUGCCUCCUCCUGCGUUUCUCCGAUGGGUCUUUCACCACUAGUUUCAUCACAACUAUAGGCAUUGAUUUUAAGAUAAGAACCAUUGAGCUUGAUGGAAAACGGAUCAAGCUCCAAAUUUGGGAUACUGCGGGGCAGGAGCGGUUUCGGACAAUUACAACUGCUUACUAUCGCGGUGCUAUGGGCAUAUUGCUAGUCUAUGAUGUUACAGAUGAAGCAUCAUUUAAUAAUAUCAGGAAUUGGAUUCGCAAUAUUGAGCAACAUGCUUCAGACAAUGUUAACAAAAUACUGGUGGGGAACAAAGCUGAUAUGGAUGAAAGCAAAAGGGCUGUGCCUACGUCCAAGGGCCAAGCACUGGCUGACGAGUAUGGGAUCAAAUUCUUUGAAACUAGUGCAAAGACAAAUCUAAACGUGGAGGAAGUUUUCUUCUCAAUAGCAAGAGAUAUAAAACAAAGGCUGGCUGACACUGACUCCAAGGCAGAGCCUUCAACAAUCAAAAUCAACCAAGACCAGUCAGGAGGGGCUGGACAGGCUGCACAAAAAUCGGCUUGUUGUGGUUGAGGACAAAUGUUACAAAUUGGAGGCAACAUUCUUGUCCAAGAACAAGAAGGAAAGAAGAAAUUACGUGUUUAAUGAUCAUGAUGCUGACUUGUGCUUAACCUUGUCAUUCUUUAUAAAUUUGUGUGAUAAGUAGUGUUUGACUUUUUUUAACAAGUUACAUUAAAUCCAAAACUAAAUGUGAUUGUGGUGAUUGCAUGUCUAACUGCCCCUCACUUUCUUUGGUUGGGGAACGUGAGAUCCAUUGAAUGUUGAUUUUUUAUUUUCCUUUGACUGUAUAAAUGCGAUGGCUUGUGCUGGAUUGGUACACAUUUUGAAAUUUUGUUCUGAAUGGGCAACAUGGUGAAAAAUCUAAA